ACGGCCGUUGAUUGGUUCUCAGCCGUAUCCGGUGGGGCAGCGGUCCAGGGCUCGGGAAAAAAAAUCGAAGCGAGGAGGAUCUGGUAACGGUACGCUUUGAGAAAUCUCAUCCAUCCCGAGUCGCUGUCGAAGGGCUCGGCAGGAAUUUACAGUUUCUUUACAAAGGUUAGAGGUCACAGAGCAGGGUCGCCGUUGUCGUCAUGGCAUCUGGAAGUACGAGCAGCGAGGAGGAGCGGAGCCUGAGGGAGUGCGAGCAGUACGUGCAGAAACACAACAUUCAACAGCUGCUGAAGGACUGCAUUGUCCAGCUGUGCACCUCCAGGCCAGAUAGGCCCAUGGCCUUCCUCAGGGAGUACUUCGAGAGGCUGGAGAAGGAGGAGGCCAAGCAGAUUCAGAACCAGCAGAAGGCCAGCAGUUCCCGUUCAGACUCGCGCGAUGAGGAGGUGUCUCCUCCCAUGAACCCCGUGGUAAAGGGUCGCCGGCGGAGAGGAGCCUUCAGCGCAGAGGUCUACACAGAGGAGGACGCAGCCUCAUAUGUCAGAAAGGUCAUUCCAAAAGACUACAAGACGAUGGCAGCCUUGGCCAAAGCUAUUGAAAAGAAUGUGCUUUUCUCACACCUGGACGACAACGAGAGGAGUGACAUAUUUGAUGCCAUGUUUCCAGUCACCUACAUCGCUGGAGAAACAGUUAUUCUGCAGGGUGACGAAGGUGACAAUUUUUAUGUAAUCGACCAAGGAGAGAUGGAUGUGUAUGUGAACAAUGAAUGGGUGACCAGCAUCGGGGAAGGAGGCAGCUUUGGAGAGCUGGCCCUGAUAUACGGCACCCCGAGGGCGGCCACAGUUAGAGCCAAGACCAACGUCAAGCUGUGGGGCAUCGACAGAGACAGCUACAGGAGAAUACUUAUGGGAAGCACUUUGAGAAAGAGGAAGAUGUACGAGGAAUUCCUCAGAAAAGUGUCCAUUCUAGAGUCUCUUGACAAAUGGGAGCGUCUGACAGUUGCUGAUGCCUUGGAGCCCGUCCAGUUUGAGGACGGACAAAAGAUUGUAGUGCAGGGAGAGCCUGGAGAUGAAUUCUUCAUCAUCUUGGAGGGUUCUGCAGCCGUGUUGCAGCGUCGCUCAGAGAAUGAGGAGUUUGUGGAGGUGGGGAGGUUAGGACCAUCUGACUACUUUGGUGAGAUCGCUCUGCUGAUGAACCGCCCACGCGCCGCCACCGUGGUCGCCCGCGGCCCACUGAAGUGCGUGAAGCUGGACCGACCUCGCUUCGAGCGCGUCCUGGGCCCCUGUUCGGACAUUCUCAAACGCAACAUCCAACAGUACAACAGCUUCGUCUCGCUGUCUGUCUGAAGGGGCGUCUCUCUCUCUCUUUCUCUCUCUCUCUCUCUCUCUUUCUCUCUCUCUUCCUCCUCUCCACCCAUCCCUCUUUCUCUCCUUUCAGACCCAGGGUCCACCAAUGCAAUUUGCUUUUUUGUCACUUUCUUCUUCUUUGUGUUGGCUUUUCUCCCCCUUUUUUUAAAUUUAAUUUAAUUUUUUUUUGUUUCACACACCGCGGAGAUGGUUUUGUUGUUACCGCCUGUCACGCUGAGGUGACUUCUUUCAGCCAUUCACCAGCGCUUAAACCAGCUGCUGUAUGCUACCUUGUAGGCACAGUUACAUCACAUGUUACCUAUGUUUAUAUACGUGUUUGCCGGCUUUCUUUUGAAACACAAAGCAGGAUUGUGAGGGGAUCAGAAAGACAUUAGGGUCUCAGACUGACGAGACAGGACAAUCAACCUUUACAUGGCGCUUUUGGUAAAUUUUUAUCAGAUUUAUGUUGUAGAUUUAAAGUGAAGAGAGGGCUGCUUCUUCCCUGUUAGAGUUUCCUUUUGACAUCAGUGAUUAGACAGCGUAGAGCAGAAUCUAGAAGCCGUAGAAAGCAGGAUGUUUUUUUCAGCUGUGCGACGGUUGUGCUCCAUUCGGUUUUUUUUUUUUUUUUUGGUUACCUCCGAUUGGUACGACGAGACAACGGCGAGCCUGUUUUUUGCUUAGUUUGAGAGAGCUUGUACAACUUUUUAUUUUCUUGUGCAGCUACCAGGCUAGUGCCAAAUGUUUGAUUAUGCAUAGCCGUGGAAAUGCAGUGCGUGUUCCGUUUCCCCUGACUAUUUUUGGAGCUCAAAACAGGAAGUAGUUAUCACCCUUAUUGUCCUCUUAAUCGGUAGAACGACCAUACAAGAACUGCCUUGACUACUCUGAGGAAAAAAAAAAACAUGAUAAAAAAAGAAAGGAAAAAAAAACAAGAGUAUUAAGUGUAUUUCAGUAUUCAAUUUUUUUAGUAUAUACCAAAUAACUUGGUCACUCUUCUGCUAUGGUUUGUAAUCAAAAAUGUUAUCAUAGUAUAGUUAAAAUGAUCAUAGUUCUAUUAUUAUCAUGGACUAAAUGAUAAACUUAUGGUUUGGAGUGAUGGUGAACUUAAAAAAAAAUACGUUUAACUGUCUUUUGUAAACAUUUAUUUUUCCAUAAAUUCUAUUUUAGGUGUCCAGUGCCACAAAGUAAAUAAAUGCUUCUUCUUGUCAACUGACAAAAACAGUAUGUAAUUGUAUUGUGUCAUGGGUUAAUUCAACCUUUUUAAAAAUAGAUCAAUUUAAUGGGUAAUUACAGGUUUAUUGAAGUGAAGUCUUGGAAAAAAAAAUAUAUAAAGUUGGUUUAUGGAUUUCAGGACAUCUGAAGUAUUUUAUGUAUUAAAGCAUCACAGGUGAGCUGACAGGCAGAUAUUUAUUUCAGACUAGUGUCAUCGCUUAUUGCCUAUUGAAAAAGGUGGCUGUCCUUUCAUCAGAGUAGCUUGUGAUCUGUUCUCUAUGCUUACUUGGCAUGAUGUUUUUUAGGCAUCCAGUGAUCCGGUGUGAAUGGGAGCGUGCAUUGUAAAAAAUAAAAAUUUAAAAAAGAAGCGUGGCCCUGCUGCAGCUGCGUGCAGAAGCAGGAACUUUGUCAAAUAUUUGGUUUGUUACUCCCGAGCUUAACUGCUUCUAUUUAGAUGGCAUAAGAUGUUAAGUCUGUCUUCUUCUUCUUCUUCUUCUUCUUCUUCUUCUUCUUUUUUUUUCUUUUUUAAAGAUCUUUACCAAAAUCACAUGAUGUUGACUUUUGGAUUUUAGGCUUAACUCUUCAUUCCUGCCUCACUUGUCUGUUACCAGAGAUGACGUUGAACCUGUCAUGUGUCUGUUUUUCUGUUGUGUCUCAUUCAGAGCGCUCGCUUAGAAUCGAGAUGUAUGUUCGUACGUCCGAAAAAGAUUUGAUUUUGGUGCCGAUUGCAGGGUAGUCAGGUUAGUGCGAGAAGUUUUUCGUUCAUGGACAUGAGUGUAUUUUUGACCAUCUUUAUCUGCACCCCCUCUCCUAACGCCUCGUGAGUCUGGUUACAUGUGGAUUUGUGUCCACUGGCGACACGUCCCAUUUGUCCUCAUCCUCAGGAGAGGACUCCGUUAGGGGCGAGGGUGCGACUCACAAAUGUUGUUUUCAUGUAAAUAGCAGCAUCAUCAUCGGUUUUAGUCCAAAAUGUUUUUAACCACACUGCAAUCGUCCCGGUUUGCCUUAGCUUACCUAACCUGGGCUUUACAGUAGUAGUCAGUCACUCCUGCUAGCCCGACCUUCAGUGAGUUUGUCAGGCCCGCAGCGCAGAGAGCUGCAGGCGAUCAGAGGACCAUUCUUUUUCUAUUCUACCCUGUAUUCAGUUUGACCUCCUGUAUGUGCAAAGAUGUUUAUCCUUUUGGUAUAGAUUGUUCCAGAUGGCAGUUUAAGCAAUAAAAAAGUAAAAAUGAA